AUGGCGGCGGCUACAGCGGCUUGUGCUGGCGUGCUCCGGGGCCUCCUGACGCGACGACUUGUGGCCCCGGUCCACCCGGGUCUCCGAUAUAGCCUUCGCCCCAUGAGUACCACCACAGCAAGAGAUGAGGCCGCCAGAGCAGACCAGGCUGAGACCCCAGACCACAGCUACGAGUCUCUGCGGGUGACAUCUGCACACAAGCACGUUCUGCACGUGCAACUAAACCGGCCUGAGAAGAGAAAUGCCAUGAACAGGGCGUUCUGGAGAGAGAUGGUGGAGUGCUUCAACACGAUUGCACAGGACUCUGAAUGUCGUGCAGUGGUCAUCUCUGGGGCUGGGAAAAUGUUCACUGCAGGAAUCGACCUUGUAGACAUGGCUUCAGACCUCCUGCAGCCCCAGGGAGAUGAUGUCGCCCGCAGGAGCUGGUACAUUCGCAACCUCAUCACCAGAUACCAAGAGACUUUCAAUGUCCUUGAGAAGUGCCCCAAACCUGUGAUUUCAGCUAUCCAUGGGGGCUGUAUUGGUGCAGGUGUGGACUUCAUCACUGCCUGUGAUAUCCGGUACUGCACCCAGGAUGCCUUCUUCGAGGUGAAGGAGGUGGACAUCGGUCUGGCAGCUGACAUGGGAACUCUGCAGCGCUUGCCCCGUAUCAUUGGGAACCAGAGCCUGGUCAAUGAACUGGCCUACACCUGCCGCAAGAUGAUGGCUGAUGAGGCCCUGAGCAGUGGACUGGUCAGCCGGAUGUUCCCAGACAAGGAGGCCAUGUUGGAUGCAGCCUUUGCUGUAGCAGCUGAGAUUGCCAGCAAGAGCCCUGUGGCAGUGCAGAGCACGAAAUUCAACCUGAUCUAUUCCCGGGACCAUCCAGUGUCUGAGAGCCUUAAGUUCAUGAGCACCUGGAACAUGAGCAUGCUGCAGACCGAUGACAUUAUAAAGUCUGUCCAGGCCACAAUGGAGAAGAAGGAACUGAAAACUGUCACCUUUUCCAAGCUCUGA